AUAGAUUAAAGAAGCCUGAAAAAUAUUUGAGAUUUGAUCUGUGUUUUUGUGUUAAUUACGUUUACUAAUUCCUUGCUGAUCGAAGUGUGAGUGACAAUACAUGUUUACAACUUAAUCUUCAGAACAUAAUUUUUCAUGUUGAGAGAAGUAUUGGCGAGAAACCAAACGGUACCUGGGAUAGAGAUUUGUAUUUGAUGCAGAAUAUUGCUGCAAUAUAAGACGAAUAGCAUUGUGAAUUUUGUGAAAUCAUAAUCUUGAAAAAUGUAUGGAGGUUUGCAAUACACGCCCCAGUUACAAGCCAGCUUCCAACUGCAAUGGUUAGCUGUAAUAAUGGUAAGAAUCUCUGGUGGUCAUAAAGGUCAGUGGUGGCGACCCUGUAUGGGAUUCCAUGUGGGAGACAAGUGGUUUGCCACAAGCUCUGUUUGUUUCCUUGGUAUGGACGAAAGGGGUAAAUUACAUGAUACAAUAAUUGCAUCUUGGCUAGUCUCCCCUGCGUAUCUAAUUUAUGUAGCAAGUGGCUUCUACACGUUGAAUACAUCUAAUCCCCACAUUUUCGCUACAAAUAAUAUGUAUGAAGUACAUAAGUUCCACGUGAUGCAGGAAUACAAAGAGUUUCGUAAAUAUUUAAAUGGGAAUUUUGUCAUGUUCAGUGUGGGUAGGCAUCCUUACGGUAUAACCAAUGCACCACUCAGCACCAAGAAAUUCAACAUUGAAGAAAUGAAUGAAGAAGACUGUUAUAUGAUAGGUUAUGACGAUCAAAAGGAUACAAAUAUUUUUCCAAAAUUUCAACCUUCCGUACGUGUAUUAAAUUUGAAAGGAAUGCUGAACGAUUGUUCUAGCUCUAGGAAUAGUCCCCCCAAGUACACGAGCAAAGACAGAUUCGGUUUCUGUGCACAGACUACAGGUGAUGUGGGUGUUUGUAUCCACGAUGUGGGUGCUCCUGUAGUCUGCAAUAAUGUUGUGCAGGGUAUGUUGUACAGAGUGGGGGCACCGGACUGCCCCAUGAAUGGGAGGGGAUGGCGUAAUAAGUUGCGUGGAGGAGCAAUUUUUGAAAAUGAAUUCCCACACCUGCCAAAGAACCCUCUCUCUGAUAGUGAUUCAGCAAAUGGGUUUUUAGACAUCAGUCUCUACAAAGAAUCAUUUGAGAAAUAUUUGAGAAACGAAGAUAAUGAGGACUUUAAAGAUGAGGACAAAUAUGUGUUGUAUAAAGCUAAGGAAUGGUCUGAUGCUCCGAUUAGUGCCGAGAUGACACUUGCGACCAGGCCGUUUCCCGAUUGGGAGAUGUCGACGCUGGUUUUCGAGGAGUGGCCAAUCACCAUGGAGACAACCACUCUACCCGAUGACUAUUAUUAUGAGGACAAUGCAAAUCCAAAACAGAAAAUUGUGCAAUUAGAAGGAGAGGAAGCUGUGGAUGACGAAUAUUCGGAUGAUCAGAUGGGGGAAGAUAUGAAAUGUCAAUACAGUCACUCUCACACUCUCCAACAUGCUAUGGAAAUAUGGCCCAUUCUCCUCAUCAAUUUAUUGAUUCUCUAAUUUUGUUCUCAUAUUCAUGUCUACAAGAAUUAAACCUUUGCAAAGAUGUUGAAUUG